AAGAUAUAUUUUAGGCUCGUGGUGGUGUGUUGUGUGACGUCAUAAGUCCAUUAGUGUGACAUGUGACGGUCAGGAGGUCACCACGGGCCCGCUUGACCUCCCGCCAGACCCGUGACCCCCCAGCAGCGAUCAGGUGAGGUCAAGGGUCAAGGAUAGCAGUGCCAGCGGCAUCAUGGGGGACGUUAAGUUAUGUCAGCUGCACCUGGCCAAGAGCAUCGAGGAGCUCAACAACUUGAUCAGCGAGAUUCCCAAGAAGUCCGCCAAGCUGCUAGUGAACACGGCGCAGAAGCUGAUGAAGGAGGCGCAGCUGUCAGACCGCAGCCGUGACGAGGAGAAGGCCUACCUGCUGUACAUGAGAUACUUCCAGGUGGUGCAGAUCAUACAGAAGGACAAGGACUACCAGCGGAACAAAAAGUAUUACGACGGACUUCUCGACCCCAAGACCACCAAGAACGUCAUUCAGCGCGCCGAGGAGAUCAACAAGAGUCUGCGGCGAAGGUACGACUUCGCCAACGGAGCGGUCAGGGCGGAGAAGCAGGAGGAGGAGCGACAGGCCCUGGAGCAGAGGAAGAAGAGGGAGGAGGAGGAGAGGAAGGCGCUGGAUAAAUGGGAGAGGGAGAGAGAGGCCAAGAGGUCCGGAGGCAGGUCUGUCCCUUCACCCCUGCAGCCUAUUAGUAAUGGCAUCGCGCCCUCCGAAGACCAGAGUUGCAUCACCUGUGAGAAGCUGUACUCCCUCUACAAGGAGAAGUGCUCUACCUACCUCGUCCUGGACACUCGGCCUCGCGCUGACUUCCAGGACUCACACAUGACACUCCCAAACCUCGUCAGCAUCCCGGAGGAGAUACUCAGGCCGGGCCUCACCGCCAACAAGAUCAACACAGAGCUGGACGAGAGCGGGCAGACUCUUUGGGUCAUGCAGAGACACAACGCAGAGCACCUCAUCCUGCUGGACUGGUGCACGGAGGGGCCGCCGCUGACGCCCCCGCUGCAGGUGCUGUCCGACGCCAUGCUGAAGUGGGACCCAGGGAAGAAGUGCUCUCUGGCGGUGUGCACAUACCCCAUCCUCACCACCAACUCCAGGCCGCGGCGGCUAUCCUCCGCCACCGCCGCAGCCGCCGCCGCCAAGGAUGAGACCAAGGAUAACAGUGUGUCGUUUCUGCUUAACUUUGAAUACCCCAAUCUGGACGAGGCUUUCCUGGUCACCCCAUCGCCCCCCGUCACCCCACACAGCCACCCCUCGCUCACCCCAACCAUCACCCCGACCCCAAGCCUUCCUCAAAUCAACCGGACCCUUAAACCGAAGUUACUGGACAAGGAAAUGAUGGAUUCUCGCAAUAACAACAACAACGCAGUCAACAACUCGACCAUCGCAAACAACACCAUCCCAGCCGAAGACGCCACCCCCAAGCUGGGCCUCGGGGCGAACGUAAACAUAUGGGAGAGUGUGAAGGAGAGUAAUAUCGUCCUGGAGCAGCAGAGGGCCAAAGGGGGCGGUCGCACGCUGCCGGAGAAGGUGGAUAAUCUCUCGCCGUUUGUGCCGAGCCGAGCCCUCAAGCCGAAGGAGCUGUUGGCGAGUCUAGCGGCCGGGAAGAAGGAUUUGGACGAGGAACGGAAGCUGCUGGAGGAGUCGCUGCAGAUUGAGGAGGACACGAUAAAGAAAAUGGAGGAGAUGGAAGCCACGACCAGCCAGCGCGAGACGGCCAGCGACGAGCAGAGCAAGGCGCGACUCCAGGCUGCGGAGGACAGACUGAGGGAGGAGAUACGGAAGCUGGAAGGGCGGAGUCUUGAUAUGGAAGAGAGUUACAAGAGAAUGGAAAAACAGAACGAGGAACUUUGGCGAAUGGUGAACCUUGCCCUCGCCAACCAGAUGACCAACCUCAGCCUGACCACCGGCCCCUCCACCCCGCCCGACGGAGAGGCCGAACGCAGGCGACAGGAGGAGGAGCAGGAGAAGCUACGGCAGCACCAGGAACAGAAGGCAGCGAUGAUGGAGCAAGUGGAACGGAUGCGGAAGGAAAGGAAGGAGAAGGAACAGAGGUUAAAGGAACAGGCCGAGAGGGAGCGGAAGAUUAAGGAGCAGAGGGCGAGGGAGGCGGAGGCUGAGAGAAUAAGGCAAGAGGAGCGGAGGUCUCGGAUCGACGCUGAAGUUCGCCCUCUCAAAAACAAAGGGACCGGCGAUACGUACACGACCAAGCUCAGAGGGUCGCCGAGGUCAUCGCCAGUCCGAGGGUCAAAUCUACGAAGGUCACAUUCUGCGUUUAAUCUAUCCCAGCAAGACGAGGAGACAGACACCGCAGCCUUCUCCCCGGGGACCACAAUGCCAGAUAUUGACCGCGCCCUCAAGCCUAGGGUCACACCACAGCGGAGAAAUAUCAAUGCGGCGAGGCAGCGGAACUUUGAGCCGAAAUAUGGGAGUGUGCCGCCCGCCAAGACUGGUCUGAAGAACCUUGGCAACACUUGCUACAUGAACUCCAUUAUGCAAUGCCUGAACAACACCAAGCCUCUCGUCAAGUACUUCCUCAGUGGGGCGUACAGCAAUGACAUCAACCCCAACAGCAAGAGCGAGGGGGAUGUGGCGGAGGAGGUGGGGGCUGUGGUGAGGGCGCUGUGGUCGGGGCAGUACAGGUCCAUCGCCAUGUGGGACCUCAAGAACAUUGUUGGGCGCCACCACAAACCUUUCUGUGGCUACGACCAACACGACUCCCACGAAUUCCUGCUCAAAUUGAUGGACUGGGUGAGCGACGACCUCAACCAGGUCACAGGAAAGCGUCUCCCCAUGAAGGAACAGAAUCACGAGAACAUCCCAGAUUACGUAGCAGCCGACAAGGUGAUGGAUGAAUUGAGGCAGCGCGACCGGUCCAUCCUGUCCGAGCUCUUCCAAGGCCUGCACCGCUCAACCAUAGAGUGCGGGACCUGCGGCCACGUGUCCCUGACCUUUGAGCCCUUCUCCGUGCUCUCGCUGUCCUUCCCGAAUAACCGCAAGUGUGCUCUGAGGGACCUUCUCCACCACUACUACAAGGAGACCAACCUGGAAUAUAAGUGCUGUAAGUGCAAGAAGAAGAGGAACUGUGUGAGGAAGGCUGAUAUUUGGAAGGUGCCGCCCAUUCUUGUACUCCAUCUCAACAGAUUUGAGCACGAUGUCUUAAUGAAGAAAAAACAGAACUUCGUCGAAUUCCCCACAGAGAACCUGGACCUCAGCAAAUACACCUGCUUCAACAACAGACACACCAAGUUCGACCUCUACGCCGUCUGCAACCACUACGGCACGAUGGAUGGGGGGCACUACACUGCCUUCUGCCGCUCCCCCGUCAACAACAGGACAUGGUACAAAUUCGACGACCACGAGGUGUACGAACUGGGCUGCGUCAAGACCUCCGCGGCGUACCUUCUCUUCUACGAGGCAACGGACAUCAAUAUAAGUGUCGUCUGAGGGAGGGAGAAGCUGGUUUAAGCGUCUAUUACCAUGCUACGAGGUCACUGAUGCAACUAUAAGCAUGUCGAAACCUCUGUCAAUUACGUCUUAUUUUACGAGGCGAUCGAUAGCAAUAUAAGUGUCGUCCGAGGAAGGGAGAAGCUGGUUUAGGCGUUUAUGACCAUGCUACGAGGUCACUGAUGCAACUAUAAGCGUGUCGAAUCCAGUAUACGCCUGUUGAAGCCUCCCUUGCGUUUGUUUAUUCUACGAGAUGACCAUUAAUUUAAGUGUCGUCUGAGGGAGGGAGAAGCUGGUUUAGGCGUUUAUGACCAUGCUACAAGGUCACUGAUGCAACUAUAAGCGUGUCGAAACCAGUAUACGCCUGUUGAAGUCUCCCUUGCGUGUGUUUAUUCUGCAGACAUCAAUAUAAGUGUCGUCCGAGGGAGAGAGAAGCUGGUUUACGUGUUUAUCAUCAUUCUAGGUCACCGAUACGACUAUAAGCGUAUCGAAACCUCUAUGGCGCUUAUGUCUGUGCUACGAGGCGACUGAUUUGAGCUUCGUCUAAGGGAGAGAGAAGCUUAUUACAACGUUUAUUACCCUCAUGUCGAACUCUCCGUGACUCAUGUCUAUGCUACGAGGCGAAUGAUUUGAGCUUCGUCUAAGGGAGGGAGAAGCUUAUUACAGCAUCUAUUACCCUCAUGUCAAACUCUCCGUGACUCAUGUCUAUGCUACGAGGCGAAUGAUUUGAGCUUCGUGUAAGGGAGGGAGAAGCUUAUUACGGCAUUUAUUACCCUCAUGUCGAACUCUCCGUGACUCUUAUGUCUAUUCUACGAGGCGAAUGAUUUGAGCUUCGUCUAAGGGAGAGAGAAGCUUAUUACGACGUUUAUUACCCUCAUGUCGAACUCUCCGUGACUCUUAUGUCUAUUCUACGAGGCGAAUGAUUUGAGCUUCGUCUAAGGGAGGGAGAAGCUUAUUACAGCAUCUAUUACCCUCAUGUCCAAACCUCCAUUGCUUGUUAUAUUUUACAAGGCCGCCGGGAUUAAUAUAAACACUAUACUAUCGCCUCGAGGGAAGAAGGGGAGGAGGAUGAGAUAGCCAGGACCAAGCAAAGCGUAAGAGGUGAUUACAUGUUGAUUGAUCGAGAGUAAGCAGCGGAAUGGAGGUGAUUAAGAAAUUGAUUGAGUGUGAGAACAUCAUGCGAGAUUCUCCAGUAACAAAAUGGGGUCAAACAGGCAGGUCAGGUCGAGUCGAGAGGUCAGGUCAGGUCACUCACUCCACUGGCUAAUCUAAUUUUCUUCCUCUUGGGCGUCUGUCUGUUCGUAUGUCUGUUAACUUGGGCGCAGGACUUGGCAAAGACGCCCUGAUUAUGUAUCUUCCACGUUGCCGCCAGCAUUUCCGAGAGUGAGGCUUGAUCUCCCCUCUCGGCCUCGUCUUAUCACAUACGUAAACACCCGCGGAGAGUGAGCGAGUGAGUGGCGACAUUACCCCCAGUACCCCAUUAUUCCAUUAGGCUAUAGUUCUCUAGUCACUCGAAACAAUAAACGAAACGAAAAUUUAGCCUCUCACCCGCCAGCCACGUCGGUCCUCUGUACAUAACUUGCUAUUUUUAUUACGAGCGGUCGUGAAAUGAUGCGUCGAGGAGGGCAAAGCGUUAGUAGACUCGGGCGAUGAGUGCGGACUUCCCUUCGACCUUAAAGCGCGCGCCAGUCACUGCUCCUGUGUGAAGAGUUAACUAGUAUGCAUCCCGUGAUCGAAAUCUACCGGAACACUUGAAAAAAAUACAUAUAUAUGGGUGUAAGGAUAAACAUAAACUACCCACAUGAAAUUAGAAGAAGCGCAUGACAGACUCGGUGCGGGAGAGGAGCGGGGUGGGAAGCGCUGGGAUCACGGAGUCGAUAACGAAGGGGUCAAAGGAGAGGGUCGGGUGGGGAUCGCGGAGUCGGCAACGGAGGGGUCAAAGGAGAGGCCAGGAGGGGGUCGGGUGGGGAUCACGGAGUCGGUAACGGAGGGGUCAAAGGAGAGGGUUGGGUGGGGAUCACGGAGUCGGUAACGAAGGGGUCAAAGGAGAGGCCAGGAGAGGGUUGGGUGGGGAUCGCAGAGUCAGUAUCGAAGGGGUCAAAGGAGAGGCCAGGAGAGGGUCGGGUGGGGAUCAAGAGAGUGGCUGGAAGAGAGGGCAAGAGAGUUCAAGUUCCAAGCGUCGGAGGGAAGUCAGCGAAUCAAAAACCGUAACCACUAAGAGAUGAGGUGCCUUGGUAUGUUUGUAAGCUGCCGAUACUCUAGUUGUAUUUAUCAGUGGUGGUGGUGAGGGGGGGGCAGGGGAGGGGACGAAUUAAACGGUCUGUACAUAAUAUAAACCAUUGCGAUGUUGCCCUCGGUGGUUUGUGUGUGUUGCUUCGAUGGGGUCUCGCACGAGGGAAGGUUGAGGAUGUAAAUUUUUUGAACCCAAGUAGAGAUUGAUGAUAAUACGUAUUCAGAUGUACAGUAUAUCGAUUACAAUAUGUACGUGAAGCAAAAUAAAGGUUGAUAAAAUAUAUUCAAAGCAAAAUGAGGAUUGAUUAACUGUCUAUGUCUACCGCAAAGCAAAAUGAGGAUUGAUUAACUGUCUAUGUCUACCGCAAAGCAAAAUGAGGAUUGAUUAACUGUCUAUGU